CCCGGCGACACGCGUUGCCUUCCCCAGCGCAGCACGCACACGAACUUCGCGAGCCUUCCUCCCGCCCCGAUCCACCGUCCGGUCCGAUCCAAUCCAACGCUUACCUAUAAAAGCAAGCCCGCCGGAACGACCACUCCCAGCGUCCUGCUCAGCCAGCCACUGAUAAUUUCUGCAGCCGGAGCUGCUACUACUACUACUAGCCAAGCUUGUUACAGCAGAGCGGAGCGAUGGAGAAGCUGACGCCGAGCAACGCCAAGAAGGCGAUGGAGGAGAGGGAGGAGAAGCCCAAGGUGCCGUCGACCGACCCGGACGGCAGCCUCGCCGACCUCGCCGCCGGGCAGCGGCAGCCGCAGCACCAGGCGCCCAACAUCUCGGAGAUGAAGCCGGUGACGCGUGAGGCGUACGGCGGAGGGAUGUACGCGGCGGAGGAGGGCCGGCGGGAGCCCGGGAAGCAGCGGGCCAGUGCCACGCAGAGCGCCGACGGGCCGGAGGAGCCCGUGGGAAAGCCCAGGCACCCGCCGCCCCCGUCCACCGGCGACCGCGACCUCGACAUCACCGGCAUGUCCUACAUCCAGUAGGCAGUCGGCAGCUCAUCUUCCUCCGUUUGCGUGCCCGUGUGUUUAGACUUUGGACGGUGUGGCGCGGAUUGUACUUGUGUUUGUGUACGCGCGCCUGAUAGAGCUGCCGUUCUGAGUUGUCUUCUCCUUUGUGCAUGACUGAGGAAUAAAAUGUGUGCGCAAGUUUUCUUUC